AUGGCAGCUAUUCUUGGUGGAGGUAUAGGCGGUUUAUCUACCGGUUAUUAUCUCCUGAAAAACAAUCUAUGUAGUAAUAAUAACUUAAAAUUAUUAUUACUAGAAGCUACAAAUACUUGUGGAGGAUGGAUCAAGUCAAUCAAAACGAAAGACUACAUUUUCGAGCAGGGACCGAGGACUAUUCGCCCGAAAGGAUUGGUCGGAUUGAAUACCUUAAACAUGAUACAAGACUUGGGUCUCAGCGAACAUGUACAUCCGAUAAAAUUUGAUCAUCCAGCUGCUAAAAACAGAAUGAUUUAUGCAAAUAACUCCUUGCAUCUAUUACCUUCAAGCUUAAAAGGGAUUUUUCAGAAAAAUGAACCAUUCUCUAGACCACUCAUUUAUGCUCUAUUUAAUGAUUUGUGGAACCCUUAUAAACAAUUGAAAGAUGAUUCAAUUUAUAAUUUCGUUGAGCGAAGAUUUGGCAAAGAGAUAGCUGAUUAUGCCAUUUCACCCAUGAUUUGUGGGAUAUGUGCUGGGGAUGCUAAGGAAAUAUCUGUAAAAUUCCUUAUGAAAAUACCUUUUGAAUGGGAACAAACCCAUGGAGGUGUAAUGAAAGGUCUGAUGAGGUCAAUGUUUAAAACAAAAAAUGAUAACAAUAUAGAAUUAAGUGAACUAGCUAGAAGAGCUCAGGAAGAGAAAUGGAAUGUCUACACAAUAAAAGGCGGUCUAGAUAAUUUUCCUGCUUCUUUACUUCAACAUCUCAUGGAAAAUAACGUUGACGUACAACUCAACAGUAAAGUGGACGAGAUAAAGUUUGUAGAUUCUAGCACUGUCAAAUUAAAAAAGAAAACUGGUGAAGAAAUUAUGGCAAAUCAUGUGUAUGCAUCAAUACCGUCACAUGUUCUUGCUGAUCUAGUUGUCAAACAACAUCCAGAGUUAUCUCAAAAUCUUAAAGAUAUACCAUUUGUUACUGUUGGAUUGGUAAACUUCUAUUUUGAUUCAGAUAAACCUCUUAUAUCCCCUGCAUUUGGGUUUUUGGUGCCACCAAUAGAGAAUUCCCCAAUUCUAGGUGUUGUUUUUGACUCUUGCUGUAUUCCAGAUCAAAAGGGCACUGUUUUAACUGUAAUGUUAGGUGGUAAGUGGUUUAAAGAAAAGUUUGGUGAAAAUGUAACAGAAAAAGAAUUAUUUAAUAUAGCGCUGCGUGAAGUAGCUACUAUUUUAAAUAUUCAAGAGCAGCCAACAGCUCACAAUGUCAAAAUUUUAAAUAAGUGCAUUCCUCAGUAUAUAAUAGGGCAUUAUGAGAAAGUAGAGCAGAUAAGGCAGUAUAUUCAUGAUCACAACCUCCCUAUUUCCCUUGUUGGUAGCAGUUAUGAUGGAGUUGGUAUUAAUGAUGUUAUUUAUUCUGCUAAAACACAAGUUCAAUGUUGUAUUUAG